GUUAACUACUGACAACAGGGUGAAGAGAGAGUGCAAAAACAUGGCUACAACAAUGUCUGAGCUGUUCUUAUUUUCCUGAUAAACACUCCAAAUUAAGAUGUGUAAAUAGUGAUGGUGUUUUAACGCAGUUAAAAAAAGAUAAUUAAAGUCAGUAUUAUUAUCGCGUUCGGUUUUAGAUAAAUUGAUUUCAUAUACGCCAUGAGUUUUAUUAAUUAAAGUGUUGUUUGUGUGACCACCUGGCUCUAUGUGUACUGUCAAUCGGACCUUAUCAUUAAAAACAUGAUGGAUUUUAUUAUGUUCAUAUCAAAUACACCAAGGACUGUCUCUUUAAAUUGACCUCAUUGACCGAAACGGAUGCCUCCGUUGGUGGAGCAGUUGCAUUAUUAUCAGUAUCAGCCGAGGCACAUGGAACCGCCCCGAAAUGGAGACUCGGUUCAAGUGGAGCACCGGUCGCACCACCAACAUCAUCCGUCUCAUCUUCACCUACACCAUAGACCACCGCCACCAUACCUCAGGACAGCUUUGUACGACUAUGAUGCCCAAGGAGAAGAUGAAUUAUCGUUGCAGAAAGGGCAGAUCGUCGAGGUGUUGUCAGAAGAUGCUAAAAUAUCCGGAGAUGAAGGUUGGUGGACAGGAAAAAUUGGGGAUAAGGUGGGUAUAUUCCCAUCGAAUUUCGUGGCCCACCAAGACCCCGGUCAGGAUUUUUCCGAUCACUACAAUAACAUCAUAGCCGAUAUAGAUCCUGUGAAAAUCGAUUUUUCCGAAUUGGAACUCGAGGAAGUGAUCGGUGUCGGCGGUUUCGGUAAAGUGUAUCGCGGUAUAUGGAAAAAUCGCGAAGUGGCGGUAAAAGCGGCGCGACAAGACGCCGACGCCGACGCUAGCGUUACAUUAGAAAACGUUAUUAAAGAAGCGAAACUUUUUUGUUUGUUGCGUCACGAAAAUAUCGUUUCGUUGGAGGGUGUUUGUCUCCAAGAACCGAACUUGUGUUUAGUGUUGGAAUAUUGUCGGGGUGGGUCUUUGAAUCGGAUAUUGGCCGGUAGAAAGAUAAGGCCGGACGUGUUGGUCGAUUGGGCGAUACAGAUCGCUAGGGGGAUGGAUUACCUUCAUUGUACGGCGCCCAUAUCGCUCAUACAUCGGGACCUGAAGAGCUCUAAUGUUCUACUAAGCGAAGCCAUAGAGAACGACGAUAUUCAGCUCAAAACCCUAAAAAUCACCGAUUUCGGUUUAGCGCGUGAAGUAUAUAAAACAACGAGGAUGUCACAAGCCGGGACGUACGCUUGGAUGGCACCGGAGGUCAUUAAAAAUUCUACGUUUUCGAAAGCGAGCGACGUCUGGAGUUACGGAGUACUGCUUUGGGAAUUACUUACGGGAGAAACUCCUUACAAAGGCAUCGAUACGUUAGCCGUAGCUUACGGAGUGGCUGUGAACAAGUUAACAUUACCCAUACCGAGCACCUGUCCUCAACCUUGGAGAGAAUUGAUGGAAAAAUGUUGGGAGUCCGAUCCUCAUCGAAGGCCAUCAUUCGAACAGAUACUAGACGAUUUAGAUAACAUUGUACACUCUUCAUUUACACAAACUCCUCACGAAAGUUUCCACAUCAUGCAAGACGACUGGCGGCAAGAAAUCGAAGAAGUUCUAUUGGAGCUUCGCAGAAAAGAAAAGGAGCUGCGAUGUAGAGAAGAAGACUUGAAUAGAGCACAGUUAAAACAGCGAAUGCACGAAGAGCAGCUCAGACAAAAGGAGCAAGAACUUCACGCCAGAGAAAUCGAUUUACUCGAACGAGAAUUAGAUUUUAUGAUUAAACAACAAACCCCCACGCCUAUUAAAAGAAAAGGAAAAUUCAAACGAUCCAGAUUACGUAUACUGAAAAAAGAACCUGGUUCGAAUAUAAGUUUCCCUUCGGAUUUUCGUCAUACGAUUACGGUUCAACAUACGGUAGAUCACAAAGGUAUCAGUGGUAUCAUAUCCCCCAAUAGCCCCCCGGGAUCACCAGCUAUACCUAGGUUAAGAGCUAUAGCACUACCGGCGGACGGAGUAAAAGGUAAAACCUGGGGACCGAGUACGUGCCAUCAACGCGAGAGAGGUCAAAUAAUGUUACCUAGCCCGAACCGGACGGCGCUGUGGUCGAAAAGCGCCCCGAAUUUGGAUAAAACCAGAACGGGAAUGGCGCCGAUUAUGCACACCCACACGUCAAGACCCCAACACGACAUAGAUUAUGCUCCAGUUGAGGAUUGGGGUCCUGAAUAUCCCAUACCUGGCACCAUUCGACCAACAGUACCCAUACCGACGUUGUAUAGUGCCGAUGGGCAACGUAUGAAACCAAAGUUCAGUAUAGUGGAAUUAGUUCUGUAUAAUAUAGCCGCAAUGUUAGCUGGAGUAGCUUCUGGAUACGAUGUUAGGUUAUCAAAUGUUUCGCCUUUACACCCAAGACUGCAACCCUCUAGGUUAGAAGUAGCUGAAUUACCCGCCUGGCGGCCGGUAGAACCUCAAGAUUACGAAUAUUCUACAACUUCCGGUUACAACCACAACACUUACCACGGUCCAACAAAACACUAUCGUCCGAUGUUGACCGGUUCCCAAUUAAUCAACGUACAACACGACGAAAUGAAACCGCUUCGUUUCACGGAUUCACCUCAACACCAUCCAGUACCAAACCCAUCGCCCAGAAGAAAAUCCAGCUCGACGAGUAACGACGGUUCGGAAUUAUUCCUACCGUUCGAAAGAAACGCUACGAUAUACAUUCCAGGCGAUUACCACCGUUGCCAAACCGACACCGGACAUUGCGUCGGAUGCAAUCGACCGGAAAAUAAUUAUAUUUAUAGUCAGUAUCAAGACGCGGUUUGUCCGGGAUACGGGUCUGAAUACAGCGGUUCGACGACUUUAUACGGCUACGGGACCGAUUACGCUUACGAUAAUCCGAGUAGUUUGAGUAGUCACAGCGGACCUAGGACGCCACAAAGACUAUCGGUACAUAAACGCACACCGUCGAACGUAUCGAAUGCGAGUUCUACCACCACGAGCGGUUCGAAUAUAAACCCUAGUUUCAAAUUGGAAGACGAUUACAUACCGACGCACUAUUUACCCAGAAGACAAUACGAGUACGAGUAUAAUUCGUAUCCGAGACAAAAUUGUCUCGAAUCGAAUUUCGAAAGACCGACUACUCUAGAUACGACCGGUUACACUAAAUUGCGCUCCAGUUUGAAACGGAGCAAUUAUCAGAGUACGCAGGGUCAUUCGGGGGGUAAUACGCCGACGAACCCCACGCCUCCGGAUAGUUUGACGAGCGACGAUAGUUCGUACGUGUCGGCGAAAGAGAGUAAUAGUAGUGUAAGUAGGGUUCGAUUUUCUCCGACGACUUUGAUAGACUUACCGGUGCCCGGGCAACAUCAAGAUCAAACGGUACCUUUGCAAGCUAGAAGAACGAGACAGAGGCCAUCUUUAGUUGAAAACGAGAAAGAUUUUAUAUCAUAACCCCUUUCGAUUAGGUUGAUUUUAUGGUAUAUGGAAGCAAUAUUUACCGUUGGUAAUAGCGAAUGAUGGGACGAAUCGUACGAAUUUUUUUUAAUACUACUCGAUAGUAUGUCAAGUGAGAAGGGGAAAAAAUCGAUUUUGAUAGUGUUUGGGAAAAUUUAAAAUUGAUUAAAAUGAUCGAAAAAUAUUGUAUGUGAUUUGCAUUAAAUUUUUCGAAAAAGCACAGCAAAAAUUCAUUUAUUGUAUUGAAAAAAACCAUUUCAUUAUUUUUUUUUUUUGUAUAUAAUUUCUAAUUAUUUGAAAAUUGACGCAAAAUCUAAUAAUAAUGUAGUUUCAUUUUAAACGUGAAGUCCAAUUUUGGAAAACUUUGAUAAACAGAUUUUCUCCUCAGCCAAUUGAAUUUCGUAUUUUUCCAAAAAAGCGAAAUUUCCCACAUUUUUCUCAAAAAGUUUGUGUAAAGAAAAACAACUAAAACUAAUUCCACAUAUAUUAAUUUAUUUUCAUUUUUCUGUGUGUAAUUCGGUAUCAUUUUUAUUCGUUUCGAUAUUGAGGCAAAAACAAAUACAAUUACACUCAUCUAAGUUUCAUACGUCAAGUUUUUGUAGUGUAGUUUCAUUUCAAACUCAAUUUUUUCAUCACGAUUUUCAGAAAUCAUUUCAAAAUGGCAAAAGUAAAAACAAUUUGACUCAUGAAAAAUUCAUAGGUCAAUGAUUUGCAGUGUAAUUUCAUUUCAAACGUAAUUUUUUUUUUAAAUCACAAUUUUUGAAAAUCAUUUCAAUGUGGAGGCAAAAACAAAAAAAAAUUAAUCACGUCAAUGUUUCAUAGUUCAAUUUUUCGCAGUGUAGUUCCAUUUUAAACGUAAACUAAAAAAAUCAUUACUUUUAAAUUAUUUUUUAUUGGUAACUAGAAAGUGGAUUAUAAUUGAAUCCAAUUUUGGAAAAAUUCGAUACAUUUUUAGAAAAAAAAGUUAAAAAACAAUGAAAUAGAGAUUUUUCAAUUUCCUUUUACCUACUAAAUUAAAUUUUUUUUGUAAAAAAUCGACGUUUUCUUGCAUUUUUCUUAAAAAAAUUAUGAGGUGAAUUAUAAAAGGCAACUAAAAUUUUCCAAAAUGGAAAAUAAUUAACCAUUUAGAGAACUAUUUUAUCAAAAUCGAUUUUUUUUCUUCCAAAUGAAGAAAUCAAAAUAUGAUUUGUGUCAUGAGUUUAUAGAUGUGCCAUAUUUUCUAGUGAAAAUCGUUCCAAUAGAAAUUACCACGUUAAUUUGAACACAAUAAUUUUUAAAAAAUGAAAAUAAUAGUUACUUAUGUAACAAGUGUGUAAAGUAGCCUUUUUUGACGAAGGUGACAAUAACAUGAGUCGAAACAAGGCCUUUGCAUACAAUAUUUUUCCUACUACCAAAAAGUGUGUCUAAAAUACGUAAGGUAGUAGAAAAAAAUAAUUUUAUAACGCUACAGCAAUAUAACGAAAUUCCGAUUUUGGAGUUGGAAUUUUUGUUAUAUUAAAAAAAUUUAAAUAAACCGGAUAAAAACUUUCAGUAAAACGAUUCCAAUUAAAAAUACUACAAAUUGAAGAAAAUCUUUCAGUUCUGACAACAUCGCAAAAGCAAUACUGUCUUAUCACAGAAACUUAAAAUAUAUUGUUAAGACUAUAGAUAUUUAAUUGCAGUAUUGCCAGUAUUGAAGGUUUUUUAUUUUCGAUAUUAGAAUUCAAGUUUUUUUAUUUCUAAAUUCUGCAACGAUAUUGUAUAUUUUAAUUCUACCAAAAUACAACACGCCAUUUUUGCUACGCCUCUGUCGACAGGCACAAAAUAUAUCUUGGGUUUGUUUCAUUUUCAUAGUAAUCAAAAAAUUUUGUUCAUAUUAUAAAAAUUAUUUAAUCGUUUCAUCCACAGUGACUGUUUAAAUGGAUAUGAUCACCCAGUUGCAGGAGAAACGUCAAUGUUUCGGCUACAGUCACCUUACUGCAAUCUUAUCAGAAUUAAAUGAUUUCGAAUUUAAAUUUUCUACUUACUAAAGGGUCGAUUAUAUUUAUUCAAAUUAGAAGGAUUUUGAGUAUUGUAUAUUCAACAAAUAUUUACCCGGAAACUUUCUAUAAAAAUGUAGUUUUAUUGGUAAAAUAUUUGAUAAUAUAAAGAAUUUCGUCACUCGUUUACAGGAAACUUGGGCAACACUGGAUUACUAAAGACAGAAAUGUUGUUCUGGCUACAAUUAGAUAGUACAACUUUUUCUUUAGACAUUCUGUUGAAGUAAAAGUCGGGCAACAGUGGGUUAGCAGAAUUUUUAUACUAAUAAGGAAAAUGGGGCUACCUAACCUAAAAAUUUUUUAGUUUCUAUGUCGGAUAUUUUCUAUUGGAACGAACUAAAUACAUAUAUACAGAUUGAAAAUUAAAAACAGCUUGAAACGUUUUUAUUAUCCAAUAUUUUGUAUGAUUCGUGACUUUAUUCACUCGUGAUUAAAACUAGUCUAAUUUUUUUUCUGCUAUUUAUUAUAUUGUGAAUUGUACUCAUCGUCGACGUUAAUUUUCAAGUGGCAUAAAUUAUGUAUUAAAAAAAAAAUAAAACAUGAUAUUGUGUGAUUUUAUCUUUUAUUAAAUUAAUUUAUUUAUAUUUGAGAUUUCAAAACAUUGUGAUGUCGCUUUUUAAAUGGAAAUUUCCAAAUAAUGAAUUAAAAAUCGAAAUAUUUCGAUAGAAUCGAUUGUUUACGAUCGAUUUUAAUGAAUUCAUUAUCGAAACUUCUAUUUCUUUUUAUAUAAAAAUUGUAUUUUAACAUUUAAUAAUUUGUUUCAAUUAUCACUCAUUUUAUUAUCUAUUAUUAUUGUGCUCAAUUGUUUAUAUACAGGGUGCGUCCGUAAAUAAUCAGUAAUAUUGAAUAAAACUCCCGAUUAAUGGACGGCGCUGUAUUAUAAACUAUAUGUUUAUCCAAUUUGUGCCUGUGCCUGUGUGUACAGCUUAUGUACAAGUGAUAUUAUAAUCUUGGAUAGUCAUUUACGUGCAAUUUCUCGAAAUGCGUAACUUUUUUCAAGAUAAUUUAAUUUUAAUUAUUAAAAAAAAUAUGAAACUACACUAAAUUUUCGAUACCAAAUUUACGUUAAAAAAAUAUAACUAUAUUUUGAUUCACCCUGUAAUAUAUUUUUAUAAAUUUUGUAGUAAUUGUUGAAAAAAAUCAUCAUAAUCCACCUAAUUUGUUAUAAAAGUAUAAUUUUUAGUACAAUUUCCUUUUUUCAAAUUUUUAUAAUCUAAUUUUUGAUUUAGUGUAGAUUUUGUAUUUUUUUGGAAUCAUAAAAUCGAGACUAGAACAUUCCAUUUUUUUUGAGACUUGAUUGUGUGUCCAUUUUUUUAUAUACAUUUAAUUAAGCAGUUCUUUAAUUUACUUAAUUUUUUUCUAUUUUAUAAUAAGUCGUUUAAGUUGAAAAAAGAAACACUUUCCAAUUUUAAGAAAAAAGAAGAGAAAAAACCGACCCUAUGGAAUAGAAAAAUGGUGAAUUAUCAUCGUUAAAUGAUGCAAUAAGAGAUAUUUGGUUAACAGAUUUUUUUAAAGAAAAAAUUAACAGUACCUAAGUGUAUAUAGAGUCUAGUCACUAUUUUUCUGCAUUUAUACACUGGUACUAUAUUGAAUUUUUAUGUAUAUAGCUUCUUUCCUACUCAUUUGACAAUGUAAUCACUAUUUUAACUACCGGUGUUUAAAGGUGAAUACACACAUGACCGCGCCGCGUCACUACCGUACUAAGAUAGUGAUGCCGAUAUAGAAGUUUCUACACUAAAUUUGGAAAAAAUAUAUUUGAAUAAUGGGAUUUAAUUAUUUUGUUCAAUAAAACUAACUAAUAACUCGAUAAUACUUUUUAAUUCAUAAAAUAAAUUAGAAAUAUUUACUUUUUAGGCAAUUCGUUUUUUCUGAAGAAAAAUUCAAAUUUACAAGUUUUUUUUUAUAUAGUACCAGAUGAAUAUUUUUCUGCAGUGUUGCCACUGAGAGCGAAAUAAUUUUUUAAGAAUUUGAUUAUCGUCCAUUUUAAAUUAGUAAAUUUGAUAAAUUGUUUCUUAAGUUGGGGUUUUAUAGUUCAAAUUUAGGGUAUUGAAAUAAAUUUAAAAAAAAAAUGCUAGCAAUACAACGUUACUGGCUAAAUUUUUACUGACGUAAAAUAUCAACUUCUCUUAGAUUUUUAUAAAAUUUUUUUCCAAAUAAUUCAUAAAAUCCAUUAUAAUAUUGAGUUUUGAAUGAAUUCUGAACUUAAAUCGUGAAAUAUAGGUCGAUCGGAUCGAGUACGGCGCCGUGCGGUCCCGUGUGUGUAGGCCUUUAGAUAUAAUCAAAAUUUAAACGACCCAACUGAAUGUUCACGUAUAUAGCUUCUCUUUAGCUGAUUCUAAGAUUCAAUCACUAUUUUAACUACCGGUGUCUUGAGGUCGAUACACACGUAACGGCAUCGCGUGACUGCCGUGCGGCAAAAACGCAGCACAGUGGAAACAACCACAGUAAUGCCAAUAUGGAUGUUAAAUAACUAAAAUUUAAGGCAUUUUGAACGCCGUUUCUUUUUAAUCAACCCAUUUUAGUUUUGUUUCGAAAAAUCUGAAUUAACAACCACUGUUGCCCCACUGAGCAUAAUAACUGAGUAUUAAGAAAAACUGGUAUCAAUACAACAAUACAAGUUGGGGUUUUUAUAAUUCAAAUUUAAGGUAUUAAAAUGGAUUUAAAAAAAAAAUUGCUAGCAAUACAACGUUUCAUUUUUUACAGACAUAAAAUAAUAUCUAUCAUAAAAUUUUAUUCCAAAUAAUUAAUAAUAACCAUUAUAAAGUUUUGAAUGAAUUCUGAACUUACAUCGUGAAAUAUAGGUCGAUAGGAUAUCAAGUGCAGUGCCGUGCGGUCGCGUGUGUGUGCGCCUUUAGUUAAAAUCAAUUUAAACGACUUGGGAUCGGGGGGUAUAAAUAUUGAAUUUUAAUAUUUUAAUAAUCCGAAUAUAAUUAUUCGGGAUUCGUGGCCAUGGUAUGUAUCUACUUAUUAUAUAUAGAUAAUCACAAAUGUUCAGUAUUUAGUAUGUACAUUGUAAAUAAAUUAUACAUAAUGUAUUAGAAAUUGACUACCUGUGGCUUCCACGUUAUUAUAAAUAUAUAAAUAUCAAGGUAGAUUUAUUUAUUUAAAUGAAUUGUAUAAUACAUUCCAAAGUAUCUUUAUAACAAAAACAUUAUUAAUACUCAUGUGUGAAAUGUAACAAUCAAAUUAAAAUCAUAAAAAUC